AUGGUGCACUGGGGGAUGGGCGAGGGACUGCAGCGCGGCUCGCGCAGGGUGAUCGCCGGGCUGCUGCUCACCGCCCUCGCCUUCCCGACGCUCGCGCAGCACGACCUCGCGCCGCCCGAUGCCGCGGCGUCCGCGACCGCCGUGGCCGCGACGGUGUCGCUGCGGCCAGUCAUCGUCACCGCGCAACGCACACAGACCGUGUUGGGCCGCACGCCGCUGUCCGUCGGCGUCGUGGACCAGCAGGCCAUCGAGGCGAACGGCACGGCCCAGCUCAGCGAUCUGGUCGGCACCGUGCCCGGCGUCACCGUACCCAACGGCUUCAGCAACCAGCCGCAGGCCGUCGGCAUCCGCGGCAUGGGCGUGUCAGUGCCGGCGAUGAGCCAAGCCGUCGGCAUCUAUGUCGACGACGUGCCGCUGAUCCGCGGCUAUGCCACUGCGCUGUGGGACCUGCCGGACGUCGCCCGCAUCGAGGUGCUGCGCGGGCCGCAAGGGACGCUGUACGGCCAGAACCUGACGGCCGGUGCGGUGCGGGUGAUCUCGCUCGACCCCACCCGCGCGCCGGUGGCGUGGGCGUCCGUGAGCGUGGGCAACUACCGUGACGCCGAGCUGCAUGGCUACUUCAACGGCCCGAUUGGCGACGGCCCGCUGUCGGGCAGCUUUGCGCUGUCCAGCCGCAAGAACGACGGCUUCGGCCACAACGCGUCCACAGGCGAAGGCGUCAACCAACUCGACGCGACGCAGUUCCGCGCCAAGCUGCGCCUGAAAGAACCGUCAGGCCUGGACGCGAUCCUGGCGGUCGACGGCCUGCUGGAUCGCUCGGACACCAACACGGGCAACUUCCCGCUCAACGACCCGCAGUCGGCCCCGCGCGUGACCUUCGUGACUGCGACGACAGGGCCGUUCAAGCGCGUGUCCGGCGGGCUGCAGUUGAAGGUCAGCCACCCGCUGGGCGGCGGCAUCGACCUGCACUCGAUCACCGGCUACCGCGCCUACAUAGACGAUCCGACCAUCGCCGACAUCGGCGGCAAGGCGGCGCUGCGCUACCUGCUGACGCAGACGGUGGAGCAGAAGGCCUUCUCGCAGGAGGUUCAGUUGCAGGCCAAGCAGGACCGGCUGAACUGGACGGCCGGCGUCAUGCUGGUGCGCGACCGCUUCGACUUCGACCGCAUCGUCGACCAGAUCCCGCCGACGCGGCCGCGCAUCGACACCGAGGGCCAGACGCAUCUGGAGACGACCGACGUCGGCAUCUACGGCCAGGCGCACUACCAGUGGACCGACGCGUUCGGCCUGACCGCGGGCCUGCGCGCCUACCGGACCCAGCAGACCGGCGACAACCGCUUCUGGACGCUGGACGCCCGCCAGCAACGCACGCAGCAGGUCUACGAGGCGACGGAUUUGUCGACCACCAGUCGCGGCCUGCUGCCCCGCCUGGGCGUGGACUGGCAGCGCAACGCCGACCACUUCCUGUACGCCAGCUUCGCGAUGGGCCAGAAGUUCGGCGGGUUCAAUCGGGCAACCGCGUCGGAGCGCGCUUCGACCUACGCGGCUCGGCCCGAGAAGGUCAGCACCUGGGAACUGGGCAGCAAGUGGCGCCUGGCGGGUGGGCGGCUGACGGCGGAUGUCGCGCUGUUCCUGAACCGCUACGGCGAGUACCUGGCGUCGCUGCAGAACACCGUCAUCAACGGCGUGCUGGUGCCCGACCAGGUGCUCGUCAACGCGGGCCGGGCCAAGACCUACGGCGCCGACAUCGACCUGGCCGCCAAGCUGGCCGUGCACACCGAGGUGGCGCUGGCGCUGGAGUUGCUGCGCAGCCGCAUCGUGGAGUUCGCGAACCCGACGGGGGCUGCCAUCAGCAACUACGUCGGCAACGAGCUGCCGUAUGCGUCGCACGUGUCGCUAUCGGCCCGGGUCGGGCACGUGCAGCCGUUGUCGGACGGGGCGCAGCUUGAAUUCAACGCGACGCUGCAGCACCUCUCGCGGCAGUACGCCGACGUGCAGAACACCGCAGCCAUCGCCAUCGAGCCGCAGACCUACCUGAACCUCGCCACGAGCUGGUCCAGCCCCGACCGCGGCUGGACCUUCUCGGUGCGUGUGCGCAACGUGACCAACCGCACCCACGUUGUGCUGCGCACGAUGAUCCCGUCGGUCGACGUUGACGCGGCCAACUACAACGCGCCGCGCACCUGGCUGGCCACGCUGCGCCACGACUUCUAG